AGAGGUUUAAAGCGGAGCUAGUAAUCAAGGAUCUUUGGUGAAGCUCACUGGUUUAGCAUGAGCAUUCAGAGCACUCCAUAGCUUCUCAUUGUCUUGACUGCGCACUAAGUCAACAAGAAUGCGGACUCUACUUGUCUUCAGUGUUCUCCUGGCUGCUGUCUGGGCUGAUCCCUCAGGCUUCUCAUUUUCUCCAGCUGUGGGCUCGGGAUCUGGGACCUCUUACACCCUUUCAGGGGAGGGCCGCAUCACUGCAGUCAGACUGUGGGACAGUGGAUCAUACAUUAUAGGCCUCCGGGUCCGUUAUGGGUUCGCAUGGUCGCAACUUGCUGGUAAUACAGGCGGCAUCGAACAGGAGUUUGAGCUGUUUGACGGCGAGUUCAUCGUUCAAGUCUCCGGCAAGUUCUCUACCUACAUCCAGUCUCUCUUGAUCGUCACCAACAGGGGGCGCUCCAUCAUUGCUGGACAGCCAUCUGGAACAACCUUCAACAUGUACCCCGCCCAUCCAAUGGCCGAGCUCCGAUUCCUGAGCGGCCGCUACAACGGGGCUGGUAUCACAUCUAUCGCCACGCACUGGGCAAUUCUUCCCAACAUGGCCGUAAACGGCACUUCUGAUUAACAGGAGAGAAUGAAGAACAUCCCAAUACCAUGGAUAUAACUGCUACUGCUUGGCCACAGUAGCAACAUUACUAUUCAGUCUUGCUUUCUCCUUUGUCUUAUGUAGCUGCAUGAUGUGUGCGAUGAGGCCAUGUGUCUGUGUAUGGAAUGUGCAUAUUAAAUUGCUUUUCAUUAUGUAUAGACCACUGAAAUGAGCAUUUCAAUUCUAUGUCCAUACAAAGUUUUUUGGUGCUUGGCAACAAAAUAAUAAUAAUAGAGUUCA